GCCACUAGAAGAAGAAGAAGGAAAUUGGAUUAAAAUCAUAUAUAGUUUCUAACCUCAAAGGAUAUUUGGAUUAUAGAGUGUCGAAUAGAAAAGGAUAUUAAAAUAAAAUAUUAAAUUUGAAAAAAGAGUGAAAGUGAAAAAGUGCUGCAAAAUGAAGUGUCUUCUAGUUGGCCUAUUGACAUUUGUGUUGUGCAUCCAAUUCGGCAAUGCUGCCUACAAAUUGCAAGAACGUUUCAAUUGGAAACAAUUGGAUUUUGCUUUUCCCAAUGAAAAUCUAAAACAACAGGCUUUGGCCAGUGGAGAUUAUAUUCCACAGAAUGCUUUGCCCGUAGGUGUUGAACAUUGGCAGAAUCAUCCACUAUUUGUUACCAUACCCCGUUGGAGAGAUGGUAUACCAGCCACAUUGACUUACAUUAAUAUGGAUCAUAGCGUUACCGGUUCUCCUGCAUUGAUACCCUAUCCCGACUGGCGUUCAAAUACAGCUGGAGAUUGUGCAAACAGCAUUACCACAGCUUAUCGUAUUAAGGUUGAUGAAUGUGGUCGUUUGUGGGUUUUGGACACUGGCACUUUGGGUAUUGGCAACACCACCACCAACCCCUGUCCCUAUGCCGUGAAUGUUUUCGAUUUGGCCACACACACACGCAUACGCCGCUAUGAGCUGAGGCCGGAGGACACGAAUGCAAAUACUUUUAUUGCCAACAUUGCUGUGGACAUUGGCAAGAGUUGUGAUGAUGCUUUUGCUUAUUUCUCUGAUGAGUUGGGUUAUGGUUUGAUUGCCUAUUCAUGGGAACAGAAUAAGUCAUGGCGUUUCUCGGGACAUUCGUACUUCUUCCCCGAUCCCUUGAGAGGUGAUUACAACAUUGCCGGUCUCAAUUUCCAGUGGGGUGAGGAGGGCAUCUUUGGCAUGGCUUUGUCGCCCAUUCGUUCGGAUGGUUAUCGCACGAUGUAUUUCAGCCCCCUGGCCAGUCAUAGGCAAUUUGCUGUAUCCACUCGGAUUUUGCGUGAUGAAACUCGUGUUGAGGAUAGCUAUCAUGACUUUAUUGCUUUGGAUGAACGUGGACCCAAUUCUCACACCACUGCCCGUGUUAUGAGCGAAGAUGGUGUUGAGUUGUUCAAUUUAAUCGAUCAAAAUUCUGUGGGUUGUUGGCAUUCGUCCAUGCCCUACUCACCCCAGUUCCAUGGUAUUGUGGAUCGUGAUGAUGUGGGUCUGGUGUUCCCCGCUGAUGUUAAAAUCGAUGAAAACAAAGAUGUUUGGGUACUCUCAGAUCGUAUGCCGGUGUUUUUGCUUUCCGAAUUGGAUUACAAUGAUGUGAACUUCCGUAUCUAUACCGCUCCCCUGAGCACGCUCAUUGAGGGCACUGUCUGCGAUCAACGCAGCAAUGUGUAUGGCCCCCACAACUCAGUUGCCGCUGUAAAGCCCCUACAUCCCAUCUAUCCCAAGACGUACUUAAAUCCCACAGCCAAGCCAUCCUACGUAGCAAUUCCCUCAUCACGUCCCUCAUAUUUGCCACCCUACAGUGGCUCACAGCGCCCGAAUGUUCCUAAUGCCUUUUUGUACAAUCAACAACACAAUGCCCUUACCUAUGAUGCCGCGAAUGGACCUCAUCUAUUCCCGGCGAUAGCACAAAUCCAACAGAUUCAACAUCCCGCACCAGCUGCCCGUGAAGGUCUGGGUAGUUAUGCCACAUCACGUUCCGUUCCCUGGUGGCAGCAACAUCACUAGAUCGUCAUCCGCAGCAACCGCCCCCCCACUCCACAUCCGCCCAUCAUUAGUCUAAAUGUCUUGUGUCUGUGUUUGUUUAUUUUUUUAUUAAGAAUUCUGUCAUUGUGGUUCAUAUCGUGAAGAAGUAUUGCAAAUUUAUAUAAUUAUCAUAUUUUCAAUAACUGUAUAUGUUUGUAUGUAUGUAAUGUUUAGUGCUGAAUUUAUUAUUUUUUUAUUAUUUACAUAGAUACGUGUUUUCAUUUAUUUUAUUUCAUUUGACCAUUAUCAUUAUUUGGCAUAUAUGUUUGUAUUUUUUGUUUAAUUAUUGGAUUUUAUAUAUAUGUAUUUUAUAAUGACAAAAAAAUACUCAUGUAUCUGUUAAAUAAACAAAAAAUUUAUAAAUAAAAUAUUUUUUUCUAUAUUAAUUUAAAAA